GUGGUCCGCGCCACUGUCGGAUAUGUUGGCGCCUACCCUCAAGUCCGCUUCGUCGUUGAGAAUGCCUGCAUAAUUUGUGUGAACACUCGUCGCAUACCCAGAAUCAGUGUCCCAUCGGGCCUGAGCUUCGAGCCGGUCGACGCUCCGUGCCGCUGCGGAAGCCAUGAAAACGGACGUUAUCCUCCCGAUGACGGACGAAUGCAUGCAGCAAAUCGUGCAACGCGAAAAAACGUAUGAAUUUCGACGGUACAGGCUCAACGCCUCCGUCAAGCGAGUCUGGUUCUACCUGAAAGCACCCCUCAGUCACAUCUCGUACGUGUGCGAGAUCGACCCGGCGCGGACACGUCUGCCAGGCGACCCGCCGCUCCCCGAGGAUGGCAUAGGCAACAAGAAGUUCAACGAGAGACACCCGGAUAUGGAGAGGUGCGACUUCGCGUAUCGGGUUUUGAGCGUGCGGAAGCUGCCUAGACCGGUGUCGCUCGAGGAGCUCAAGAGGGUGUAUGGUGUUGGGAUUGCUCCCAGAGGAAGGAUAUAUGCACCAGUGAAGUUGCUUCACGAUGUGCCGUGGUCGUCCCAGGAACUCCUGUGGACUCAGGGUGGUACAACGUCGGAAGACCACGUUCCUAUGCGCGACGGCCCGGCACAUAGCGAUGCGAAGGCUGCGUCCUCGCAUGAGGUGCGUACCAUUGGCAUAGACGAUAAGAGUGGAUGUGCAUUGUCUUGCAGAACGAGGGUACGAAGCGAGUGAAGAAGCGCAGCGCUACGGCUAUAAACGCAGAAGAGUCGCAUCAGCCACCCAAGAAGCGGCGAGGGCCAUCAAGAGCAAGACACUAGCUGGCGAGAACGUGUGCCGUUGUCGGGUCCAAUGUACAUCGUCGCUGCGGCCGUUCAAGCGUGCCAUGUAAGGAAUCCAAUCUCCAUUCCAUGGUCUACAUGAAGUGCACGAAACACGGACUGCUCUGAUCUGUGUGAAAAGACGAGGGACGAACCCUGUCGCGCGUCGUC